AGCACUCGGAUGGAACUCUCGCGUAACACUGUAAGAUCGCGAGGCUUUAUGAAUGAUGGCUCCCGAAACAAAAUGAGGCACCGAACGGUUUGUUAUAAUAUAGGAAAACAGCCUCGGACAGUCACUACCUGGUGUCGUUUCUCUCAUUCUGGUCGGUGAUGGCGGCAGCUAUGACAGUGACACCCCCCGCACACUGGAGCCGCUUCGAGCAGGAACAAGACCUCACAGUGCGAGAACUGAUACGGCGGAUAACCGGCCUGAGCGAGCAGAACGACGAAGAGCUCCCCGGUCAAUUCCAGGCAGCCUUGAAUUUCGCCUGGUCUAACUUCAGAUUUCAUCAAUUUCUUGAUGUCAGCAGCCACAAAAUAGAGAAGAUAGUAGAUGGAAUUUAUGAAAAGCUGAUUGUUCACUCAGACCUCUGUAAAGCUGCAAGCUGGAAGAGAUUGGUGGAAGAGUUUCUGAAUUCACCUCUUCUAAUCACUGAAGGAACAAAGACAAACACCCAUUAUGCCAUACUCUCCCUUCUAUUGUGCCUGUCAGAGUCCCCCUCCAAUACCAGCUAUUCUGAAAAACCAAGAGAAAAAGAAGUGGAAAAAGAAGAAUUUGAUUGGGGAAAAUACUUGAUGGAAGGUGAAGAAUUUGACGUUGGUCCUGAUGUUGAAACACCGGAGUGGUCUGAUAUAAGUGAUGAUGAUACUGAGCCUUUGAGCAGGGAAGACUCUGGAAUUCAAGUGGACAGAACACCACAUGAAGAUCAAAACAAGAAGGCUGUGUCUCAUAUCACUUGGAAAGGUGAACCUGAUGCACGUACUUGGCUGGAGCAGCAUGUAGUUCCACAAUAUUGGACUGGCAGAGUAAUUCGUUUUUCCCAUAGUCUGCAUUUUCAUUCCAAUUUAGCAGCUGUAUGGGAGCAGCACUUAUAUAAUAGCGAUCCUUUGUAUGUGCCAGAAGAGAGAAUACUUGUCACUGAAACACAGGUGAUUCGUGAAACCAUUUGGCUGCUUUCUGGUGUCAAAAACCUCUUUAUAUUUCAGCUGAAUGAAGGAAAGAUUACUGUGAGAAAUGAUAUCAUGGUAACCCAUUUGACCCAUAAUUCAUUAAGAUCAAUGUUGGAGCGGAUAGCAGCAUAUGGUCAAGUUGUAUUUAGGUUACAGAAGUUCAUUGAUGAAGUGAUGGGUCACAGCUCAGAAAACGUAAUACCUGGAACCAGUUCUACUCCCAAGAAAGGUGCAGAAGCCCCAUUUAGAACCUAUCAGGCUUUCAUGCUGGCUCUCUAUAAAUAUUUUAUUAGUUUCAAAGAAGAACUUACUGAAAUUGAGAAGUGCAUUAUCCACAAAGACACAACAGUCACUCUUUCUAUAGUCAUAGAUAAACUGUCACAUCGUCUAGCACAGCUGAAGGUACUUCAUAAAAUUUUUAGCACUGGUGUUGCAGAAGUUCCACCUGACACUCGAAAUGUUGUAAGAGCAUCCCAUUUGCUUAAUACACUGUACAAAGCUAUUCUCGACUAUGACAACGUUGGAGAAGCCUCUGAGCAAACAGUAUCCCUUUUGUUUUCUCUCUGGGUUGAAACAGUAAGGCCAUAUUUACAGACAGUGGAUGAGUGGAUUGCCCAUGGUAACUUGUUUGAUCCUGCCAAAGAAUUUAUAAUUCAGAGAAAUAAAAAUGUUCCAGUUAACCAUAGGGACUUCUGGUAUGCCACUUACACUUUGUAUAGUGUAUCUGAAAAGACUGAGAAUGAAGAGAAAAUGAGCGAUAAUGCUAGUGCCAGUUCUGGCAGUGAUCAAGCACCUUCAAGCAGGCAGCACACCAUGGUCUCAUUUCUAAAACCAGUGCUAAAGCAGAUCAUCAUGGCUGGGAAGUCCAUGCAGUUGUUAAAGAACUUGCAACGCACAGAUGGCUCUUCACAACAUUCGGCAUCAAGAGAUGCAGAAAGGAAGAGCUUAUAUAGAUUAUUUCUGGAAUCUGUCCAAUCACGGCUGCGGCAUGGGGAGGAACCUGUUCAGGAAGUUAUUACAGAACAGCAGGCAACCAAACGGAGUCUAAUAAAGAUGCAGUCUAUUGCAGAAAGGCAUUUGGAGUUGGAUGAUGUUCAUGAUCCCUUGCUGGCUAUCAAUUUUGCAAGAUUGUACUUGGAACAAAGUGACUUUCAUGAGAAGUUUACUGGUGAUGAUGUUUGUGUGGAUAGAUCCUCUGAAUCAGUUACAUGCCAAACAUUUGAACUGACGUUGAGGUCUUGCCUUUAUCCACACAUAGACAAGCAAUAUCUGGAAUGCUGUGGAAAUUUAAUGCAAACUUUGAAGAAAGGUUAUAGACUGGUAGAGUACUUGCAAGCAAUGAGAAACUUUUUCUUACUUGAGGCUGGUGAUACCAUGUAUGACUUCUACACAUCUAUUUUUGAUAAAAUAAGAGAGAAGGAUGCAUGGCAGAGUGAGACAUUUCUUAAUGUUCAGCUUCAAGAAGCUGUUGGACAACGUUACCCAGAAGACAGCUUAAGGCUGUCUAUAUCGUGUGAAAAUAUUGAUAUUGCCAAGAAGAAACUUCCUGUUCAUACCUUGGAUGGUUUAAUACUGAGUUAUAAGGUUCCUUGGCCUGUGGAUAUUGUUAUAAGUGUGGAGUGCCAAAAAAUUUAUAACCAAGUGUUUCUCUUGUUAUUGCAAAUCAAGUGGGCCAAAUAUAGUUUGGACGUGUUAAGAUUUCAUGAGCUAGUCAGUGCAGCGGAAAAGCCCCAGUGUAAAGGAGGAGUGACUUUAUUUGAACAAGACCCACUUCUGCAAUUUGGAUCCCAGACAGAGCCAAUUAAACAACAAACUCAUCGCAUGUUCCUUCUAAGGAUGAAACUCAUGCAUUUUGUUAACAGCCUGCACAACUAUAUAAUGACUAGGAUUCUUCAUAGUACAGGUUUGGAGUUUCAGCAUCAGGUAGAAGAAGCAAAAGAUCUAGAUCAGUUGAUUAAAAUUCAUUAUAGAUACCUGUCUACAAUUCAUGAUCGUUGCCUGCUGAGAGAAAAGGUUAGCUUUGUGAAAGAAGCUAUAAUGAAAGUACUGAACUUAGUACUGAUGUUUGCAGAUCGUUGGCAAGCUGGCUUGGGAGCUUGGAAGAUGGAAUCCAUAACGAAGAUGGAAUCAGAUUUUAAAAACUGCCAUAUGUUCCUUGUGACAGUGCUAAACAAAGCAGUCUGUAGAGGCUCUUUCCCACAUUUGGAGUCUUUAACCUUAUCACUCAUGGCUGGAAUGGAACAAAGUUAGCAGAACACAGAUUGAAACUUGUAACAAUCAUGAUCACCAACAUGAAGUAUUUUUUUAUCUGGGUGGACUGCAAUCUGUACACUAGAAUUUACAUACAUGUACAUAAAUGGACAGAUGUGUGCUUCUGUUUAAAAUGGUAAAAUGUUUUUCAUGUAAAUAAAAUACAGUAAUGGUGCAACUAUUUUAUAUCAUUUAUUUCUGCAUUACUAAAUGUUAAUUAUGUCACUGUUUCUGCUGUCCUUUUUGAGCAACAAAAUUAAUAAAAUGCAUAAACUGUUUUAGAAGGGUUCCCUGAACCUUAUGGUGUGCAUAGAAUCGUGGAGUUGGAAGGGGCCAUCUAGUCCAACCCUCUGCUCCAUGCAAGUUCAGCCUACUACAGCAUCCCUGACAAGUGUUCAUCCAGUAUGCCCCUCAAUGCAAUUACAGUAAUCCAUCUGCUUUUUCUUUUCUCCAAGAUAUAAUUGUUUUUCAGCUGCUCUAGAUGUAAUUGUGUUUCAGCUGUUCUGAAAUUUCCACAGCUCCAGCAGCUAUAACAAAAGGUACUAUUCUACUAAACAAUGAUUUCCACGGAAAUUAAUGGGUAUUGGCAUAGGAGUCAUGCUUCUUUGUGCCAUGGUUAUCUUCUUGUAUAAUGUAAAAACCUAACAAUGUCAAAAUGUCUGUACUUAAAUGUUGUAAACUAUGAAAAGUACAACUACGUAAUGUAAUGGACUGUGCAAGUAUUAUUCAUUUGCAUUAUUUAUAUUUACAUAAUUUAUUUACAAUUUCUCACAUGCCUGGAGUGUUUUUAAAUUAAAAGGCAAUGAGAAAUACAACAAAAACCAUUACAAAUGUUCAGCAAACAAGGAUAAUAUUUUUCCUAUACUCCAAAUGUAUUUGUACUUUAAUUGCUUAUUAUGGGUUCUGGCAUACAGUGCUCUCCUGUGAGAGUUACUCAGUUGAAACUAGUAGUCUUAAACUGGAAUAACUCCAGCUAGAAUUGCAUAAACAGUUGUGUGGGAACUUGUUCAACUAAAUCUAUGCAGGUCAGCAGAUAAUGGCUGGAAAACUCUUUUUUGCGGGGGUGGGGGGGUUAUCUUUUAUUGAUCAGAGUUUCCAUUCCUGGGGGAAUUUUUGCUUCCUGAGAUGGCAAGAAGGGCAAGGCAAGUUUUGACAGUUAUGCCCAACAACUAUGUCCUUUGUAAACUGUAACACUACAGAACUGAUUAAAGCUCAAACCUUAUUAAAUGUAGUAGUUCACUUUUA